AUGACUUUUGAAUGGACUCAAGUUUCUCCAGAUUCUUUGGAACUUGAAGGAAAGAACGUGACUAUUGUUGGUGGUACUGGUGGCCUUGGCCGUGCAUUGAGCCAGUUUUUAUCUUCUCGUGGUGCUGCAGUCACUGUAGUAGGUCAAACCUUCAGAGACUCAGAUAAAGAGGGUAUUGAAUUCGUCAAGUCUGAUUUAAGUAGUAUGAAAGAGUCCUUGAGGAUUGCUAAAUUAUUACCAGCAGAAAAGACGGACAUUCUAGUUUUCACUACCGGUAUUUUUGCAGCUGGAACUCGUGAAGAGACCAAAGAAGGUGUUGAGAGAGAUUUAGCUGUAAGUUAUUUGAACAGAUUUGUCAUGCUUCGUGAGCUUCUCCCAAGGCUUAAGAGCCAACAAUUUGGAGUAAAACCUCGUAUUUUUAAUAUGGGAUACCCAGGUGAUGGUCAGGCUGGUAACGUUGAAGACUUCAAUUCGGAAGGUAAAUAUAAAGCUAUGGGCGCUCAUAUGACCACUGUAGCUGCAAAUGAAGCAUUAGUUUAUGAUGUUGCUGAAAAACACCCAGAAGUGAACAUUUUCGGAUUGAACCCAGGUUUAGUCAAGACGAAUAUUCGUAAUAACUUUUUAGGUGAAAAUAGUUGGAAGUCUUCCAUUGUGGAAUUUUUCAUUGGUUGGCUCUCUCAAAGUCCAGAGCAGUAUGCCAGAGGUAUUGCUCCUCUCUUGGUAACACCCGACAUCGAAACUCGCUCUGGUGCAAUUUUCAACAACAAGGGUAAGAACAUUGACCCAAGCAAACCACUCACCAAAGAACUAGUUGAAAAAUACGCAGUCGAGUCGGCUAAAUUGGCCAAUAAAGUUCUCGGUUGGUAA